AUGGAAUGGGGAUUAUCGGAUACAGUUCAGGCAUUGUGUUGUGGUACUACAGCCUCAAACACUGGGAGAAUUUCUGGAGCGUGUGUUUUGUUAAAGCAAAUGCUGGGAAAAGAUCUUCUUUACCUUCUUUAUCGUCACCACAUUUAUGAAUUGGUUUUGAGAGGCGUUUUUGAAGCUAGAAUACCCCAUGUAACUUCAAGUCCAGAUAUUCCGUUGUUUAAAAAUUUUAAGAAAAACUGGUGCAGUCUAUAUCAUAGUUCAUUUAAAAACGGAAUUGAAAAUCCCGAAUGUUGUGCUGGUUUAGAGGAUUUGCCAGAUAAUAAUGCUCUACAAGGUUUAUGUCAAGGUCUUAUUGAUGCUUGGAAAAUUUAUGGAAAACUAGAAGCAGUAAUAUUAUUUGUUGUUGAAGAUAUAACAUAUAAUAUUUGUGAUCAAAGAUUUCACGAAUUUGAAAUAAGAAAUUUAAAUCCAGAAGUUAAAGUAAUAAGAAGAAGUUUAACACAAAUUGCAGACAAAGGAAGCUUAUCAUCAGAAAAUGAAUUAAUUGUUGAUGGGUAUAUGGUUGCAGUUAUUUAUUUUAGAGCGGGUUAUGAGCCUGGACAUUAUCAUGGGAAUAAAGAAUGGGAUGCACGUUUAUUGAUGGAAAGGUCUUUGGCAAUAAAAUGUCCAUCGAUUCAUUAUCAUUUAGCAGGCACGAAAAAAAUUCAACAGGCACUUGCCAAACCAGGAUGCCUGGAAAAAUUUUUAAUUGAUGAGAAACACAUUAAUGAUGUAAAACAAAUUUUUACAGGAUUAUAUGCUCUAGAUUUUAAUAAAUUAGGAGAUCAGGCAAUACAAAUGGCAUUAAAUGACCCUGAAAGGGACUCACAAAAAAUAUUAGUUAACAGGCAGGUUGGUCACAUGUUAAGAACAAAACUGUCAACAUCAAAUGAAGGUGGAGUAGCUGCUGGGGCUGGUGCCUUGGAUAGUCCAUAUUUAGUGGAAUAA